AUUACCAAUAUGGAAUCCAACCAAGACGUUAUCAACAUUGAUGGCUCCGAAGAGGAAGGAGGCGGCCAGAUGUUCAGAAUGAGUGUGGCUCUAGCUCAGAUAUUAGCCAAACCUCUUGUUGUUAGUAAUAUUAGAGCUAACAGAAAACCUCCAGGUCUUAAAGACCAGCACUUAGUUGGACUCAAAGCGAUGAUAGAGAUGAGUAAUGCAGAGUCUACUGGAGCUAAAAUGGGAUCUAGUGAAGUAUACUUUGAGUCUGAAGGAACCAUAGAAAAUAAAGAAAUCUCAGCAGAGUGUAAAGGGGCAGGAAGCAUGCAACUCCUACUCCAAGUGUUACUUCCUGCAAUUAUAUUUGCUAAAAAUCCUGAAAGAGAAGAGACAACAGUCCAUAUGAAAGGGGGUAGUAUCGGUAAUUGGGCUCCUUCCUAUGUUUCCAUAAACCAUAUUCUAAAGCCUUUGCUUGCGAAUUUUGGGGUAGAUUUCUCUUACAGUGUCAAAAAGCAUGGAUUCUUCCCGGAUGUUAGAGGGAGCUGUGAUCUUGUAGCUACUCCUUCUGAGUUGCCACUUAGACCCAUAGACUUCACAAAAAGGGCUCCUGUUGUAAGUGUAGAUUUAAGGAGUGUAUACUGUAACAAGCAUAUGAAGGAAGCUUAUGAGUCCCAAAUCUCAGGUGGUCUCAUUCCCUCUCUUAAUGAGAAGUUAUCAGAACUCGGACUGGAAGUCACUGAGCACUCAGAAUAUUGUGAGAUCAAAAACCCAAGGGCAAAAGCAGCCACUCUCUACUGAAGCUGUAUUAUUACCUUAGAGAAUGGACUUAUACUUGAAAAGGAGCUCUUAUUUGAUGGAAUAAAGCAUGUUAAAAAAAUAGUUAAAGGAGAGUACACAUCCAUGCCGAUGACUGAAGAAAUUGAUAAAUAUCUCCAAGAUAUUUUAGAAUUAAUAAACAAUGAGACUCUCUGAGUGGAUGAACAUCAUGCUGACCAAAUUAUGAUUUUCAUGGCAUUAGCAGAGGGUACUUCCAAUAUUAGAACAGUAUCACCUCUUACAGGUCACAUCAAUGGGAUGAUAAGAAUCUUAAAUCAAGUAGUCCCAGAUGCUGAGAUAGAGACAACCGAAUUUGAAGGUACAACAGAGUUAAAAAUAACUGGAAUCGGAUUGAAAAGGAGUUAAAUGAGCCAAUAAAUUUCUUUCAAAUUGGCACACCAAUUAAUAGUUUA